AUGGCAGCAGAAGGCGGUGUCAGUCUGGACGAUGUCAAGAAAGCCUUUGAGAGAGUCUCGCCAUUUAUCCACCGGACCCCUGUUUUCACUUCCAGCCAGGCUGAUGUCAGGAGUGGUCGCAGUCUGUUCUUCAAGGCCGAAAACUUGCAGAAGACUGGUGCAUUCAAAGUCAGGGGCGCAUUAAACUCGAUUAUAAAGGCUAGAGAAACAAGACCAGAUAUAAAGGGCUUUACAACGUUCAGCAGCGGGAACCAUGGACAAGCUAUGGCCUGGGCUUGCCAGCUGUUUGCAUUACCAUGCUAUGUUGUUGUGCCUUCAACGGCUUCUGAAGUCAAGAAGAAUGCAAUCCGUGGAUAUGGAGCUGAGGUUGUAGAAUGUGGACCAAAGCCAAGUGACAGAAAUGAAACCUGCGAACAAGUGCGAAAAGAGAAGAAUCUGGAAGUUAUUCCUCCUUUUGAUCAUCCAGACGUGAUUGCCGGCCAGGGCACACUAGGUUUGGAGCUGUUGGAGCAGGUGCCAGACAUAGAUGCCAUUCUAGUGGGGGUCAGCGGGGGUGGCUUGUCUUCUGGCAUCGCUGUGGCUGUGAAAGCUCUAAAGCCCAGUGUUAAAAUAUUUCUGGUCACACCCAAGGGCAAGAACCUUGCAGAGUGUUUGAAAACAGGCAAGCGACCUUGGGAAAACCCUCCGCAGUAUCUCAACACAAUUAUUGAUGCCAUGAGGUUGCAGCAGAGCGGAUUUCUGACAACUCCGAUUCUUAUAGAGAAAGCGGAGAAAGAGGUUUUUGAAAUGUCAGACGAAGAAGUCAUUGCAGGAAUGAAGUUUGGCUUUGAGAGGCUGAAGCUGACGGUAGAAGCAGCCUCUGGAGCGACCAUCGCUGCGGCCCUGUCUGACCGGUUCAGAUCUCUGGACCCCACUAUACGGAAGGUUGCGGUUAUUUUAAGUGGAGGCAAUGUAGAAAUUAAUAAUCUGCCUUGGUAA